AUGCAUCCAACCUCUGUUAUAAUGGCCUCAAGUUUAAUUAUUAUCUUUACACUUCUAGUUUACCCUCUUAUUACUACCCUUACCCCCGCACCCCGCGAGCCCAAGUGAGCUCUGGCCCAGGUGAAAGUGGCAGUGAAACUAGCAUUCUUUGUUAGCCUGUUACCAUUAUUUCUAUUCUUAAAUGAGGGCCUGGAAAUAGUAAUUACUAACUGGAGCUGAAUAAAUACCCAUACCUUUGAUAUUAAUAUUAGUUUCAAGUUUGACUUUUACUCAAUCAUCUUCACACCUGUCGCCUUGUACGUCACUUGAUCUAUUCUAGAAUUUGCAUCCUGAUAUAUACAUACAGACCCUCACAUGGACCGAUUCUUUAAGUAUCUUUUAAUUUUCCUAGUCGCAAUAAUUACUCUUGUUACAGCAAAUAACGUCUUUCAACUAUUUAUUGGUUGAGAAGGCGUGGGAAUUAUAUCUUUCCUUUUAAUCGGAUGAUGAUACAGUCGUACAGACGCAAAUACCGCCGCCCUACAAGCAGUGCUCUAUAACCGGGUUGGAGAUAUCGGAUUAAUCUUCGCACUAGCUUGGCUAGCUACUAACCUUAACUCCUGAGAGCUUCAGCAAAUAAUUGCAGCCACCAAGGGUGUAGACCUUACUUUCCCUCUUAUUGGAUUAAUUCUUGCCGCGGCGGGUAAAUCAGCCCAAUUUGGGCUUCACCCGUGACUGCCAGCAGCCAUGGAAGGCCCUACGCCAGUCUCUGCCCUACUGCACUCAAGCACAAUGGUUGUUGCCGGCAUUUUUCUUCUCGUACGAAUAAGCCCUUUAAUAGAAAAUAACCCUGCCGCUCUUACAAUUUGCCUCUGCUUAGGAGCCCUCACUACUUUAUUUACAGCCACUUGUGCCCUCACACAAAAUGAUAUCAAGAAAAUCGUGGCCUUCUCAACAUCCAGCCAAUUAGGCCUAAUGAUAGUAACCAUCGGACUUAACCAACCACAACUUGCUUUCUUACAUAUUUGCACACACGCCUUUUUUAAAGCAAUACUAUUUUUAUGCUCCGGAUCAAUUAUUCAUAGCCUUAACGACGAACAAGAUAUCCGUAAAAUGGGAGGUAUACACCACCUUGCCCCCUUUACUUCCUCAUGCCUAACAGUUGGGAGCCUAGCUCUUACGGGCACUCCUUUCCUAACAGGGUUCUAUUCUAAGGACGCCAUCAUUGAGGCCCUUAAUACCUCACAUCUAAACGCCUGAGCCUUGGUCCUAACUCUACUCGCUACCUCCUUCACGGCCAUCUACAGUUUCCGCAUUAUUUUCUUUGUCCCUAUGGGUUACCCCCGAUUUAAUGUUUUGGCCCCUAUUAAUGAGAAUAACCCUGCAGUUAUUAGCCCCCUCAAACGCUUAGCUUGAGGUAGCCUAGUUUCCGGUCUAUUGAUUACCUCCAACAUUAGCCCCCUUAAAACACCCGUAAUAUCCAUACCCCCCCUCUUGAAGCUAACCGCCCUUGCGGUAACAAUUACUGGUCUUCUAACAGCCAUGGAACUAGCUUCUCUUACUAGUAAGCAACUAAAAACAGCCCCUACCCUCGCCCCCCAUAGUUUUUCUAAUAUGUUGGGCUACUUCCCGUCAAUUAUACACCGCCUCCCCCCAAAAUUAACACUAACCCUCGGCCAAGCUAUUGCAACCCAAGUAGUUGACCAGAACUGAUUAGAGAAGGCAGGACCCAAAUCCAUCACUUCCUCCAUACUCCCCUUAGUAACAACGACGAGCAAUAUCCAACAAGGCCUAAUUAAAACAUACCUGAUGCUUUUUGUAUUAACACUCGCGCUCACCCUGCUCGUAACCAUUUAUUAA